CCGGGCCCCCCGCACUCCCAGCCCCCCCUCACGGCCCACCCGGGCUCUCCAGGUCCCCCGGCCCUUCCACACGCCCUCCCCUAGGGGGCAGCACUGCGCGCUCCGCGGGACGCGGCGCCUUUAAGCGCCUUUGGCCCCUCCCCUUCGCGCACGCGCCUUUUCCCGCGCCGCAGCGCCCCGCCCCUUUCGCGCAUGCUCGCCGGUCCCGGCCCGCGGCGGCGGAUUGGGCUCCAGGGGCGACGGUUGCCGGAAGUGACGUCGAAGUGGCUCCGGUUUGGAUCCCCCGUGGUCCGUUCGGCUUCGUUCUGCCCCAACGGGGCCGCGGUGCGGCAGACAUGGAUUCUGAGGAGAUGGAGGAGGUAAUGGAGGAGCUGGGCAUCUCCAUGGAGGAGCUGCAGGAGAUCAUCGACAAGGAGCUGGAGAAGUUCGAGUGCGUGAAGCAGUGGAAGCAGCAGCUGGAGGAGCUGGAGAAGUGUGUGAAGCAGAAGGAGGAGGAGGUGGCGCGUGUCGACCGGCUCUUCGAUGACACUGCGAGAGACAUCAGCAGGUGCGAGCUGUCGGUGAAGGAUCUGUACGCCAAGCUGGGCCUGCAGUACCGCGAGAGCAGCUCCGAGGACGAGGACUCGGCCGCCAAGGCCAUGGAGGUGAUCGAGAUCCCGGACGAGGACGACGACGACGUCAUGAGCGUCGAUUCGGGCUGGAAACAUAGCGACAGUAAUUACAGAAUCCCGAAGAAUCGGACUCGGCUGCGGGAAGCCAUGGCUGCCAUGAGAAAGUCCACCCAGGACAUGCAGAGAUUCGUGGAUGCCGUCAACAAGAGAAUGAGCGCCCAGGACGCGCAGAAAGACACACAGACCCCUUGGGAAGCUCCGGGCACCGUCCAGCCCGUCGGGAGCGACCUCAGCAGCGACGGCGACCUGAGCAUCGGCAUGAGGAUCCUGGGCAAGAAGAGAACCAAGACGUGGCACAAGGGAACGCUCAUCGCCAUCCAGACGGUCGGGGCCGGCAAGAAGUACAAGGUGAAGUUUGAUAACAAAGGGAAGAGUUUGCUGUCUGGCAACCACAUCGCCUACGACUACCACCCCUCGCCGGAGAAGCACUACGUGGGCAGCCGCGUUGUGGCCAAGUACAAGGACGGGAAUCAGGUGUGGCUGUACGCCGGAAUCGUGGCCGAAGCCCCCAACGUGAAGAAUAAAGACAGAUCUCAGGAGCAAUUGGACCGCGUUUCUGAUUGCAGCGCCGCUGUUCCGCAGGUUCCUCAUCUUCUUCGACGACGGCUACGCGUCCUACGUGAAGGAGUGGGAGCUGUACCCGGUCUGCAGGCCGCUGAAAAAGACCUGGGAGGACAUCGAGGACGUGUCGUGCCGCGAUUUCGUGGAGGAGUACAUCACGGCCUACCCCAACCGGCCCAUGGUGCUGCUCAAGAGCGGGCAGCUCAUCAAAACCGAGUGGGAAGGGACCUGGUGGAAGUCCAGGGUGGAGGAGGUGGACGGCAGCCUGGUCAAAAUCCUCUUCCUGGACGACAAACGCUGCGAGUGGAUUUACCGCGGCUCCACGCGCCUCGAGCCCAUGUUCAGCAUGAAAACCUCCACGGCCUCCACCCAGGAGAAGAAACAGAGCGGACAAGCGAGGACUCGCCCCAAUGUCGGUCCGUGGCACCUUUUUCUUUUGUGUGUCCUGGAAUCUGGAUGAAAUUGGGGCUUGGCGGGGCAGGCGCCGUCCGCAGCAAAGGGCCCGUCGUGCAGUACACGCAGGAUCUGACGGGCGCAGGUCCGCAGUACAAACCGCUGGAGCAGAUGCAGGCGGCCUCGCUGCCGCCGCGGAGCGCGUCCCCGCAGCCCGCCGACACGGAGUGCUCCGACACUCAGCUGGCCCAGGCGAGGAAACAGGUGGCCAAGAAGAGCACGUCGUUCCGGCCCAGCUCCGUGGGCUCGGGACAGUCGUCCCCGGCGUCCCCCGUCCUGAGCGACGCCCCCUCGGGCAGGACCAGCGCGGCCCCGCAGCACCGCGGCGCGGCGCAGCCGUUCCACGGCAUGAGCGACCGCGUCCCCAACGAGCCGUCGUACCGCGCGCCGCUGGAGAAGCUGUUCUACCUGCCCCACGUCUGCAGCUACACCUGCCUGGCGCACGUGCGGCCCAUCCGCAGCGACCAGUACCGCAGCAAGAACCCGCUGCUCAUCCCGCUGCUCUACGACUUCCGGCGCAUGACGGCGCGCCGGCGCAUCAACCGCAAGAUGGGUUUCCACGUGCUCUACAAGACGCCGUGCGGGCUGAGCCUGCGGACCAUGCAGGAGAUCGAGCGCUACCUCUUCGAGACGGACUGCGACUUUCUGUUCCUGGAGAUGUUCUGCCUGGACCCGUACGUGCUGGUCGACCGCAAGUUCCAGCCUUACAAACCGUUCUACUACAUCGCGGACAUCACCAAGGGCCGGGAGGACGUCCCGCUGUCCUGCGUCAACGAGAUCGACAACACGCCGCCGCCGCAGGUGGCCUACAGCAAGGAGCGCAUCCCCGGCAAGGGCGUCUACAUCAACACCAGCUGGGAGUUCCUGGUGGGCUGCGACUGCAAGGACGGCUGCAGGGACAAGUCGAAAUGCGCCUGUCACCAGCUGACGGUCCAGGCCACCGGCUGCACCCCGGGCGGGCAGAUCAACCCCAACUCCGGGUACCAGCACAAGCGGCUGGAGGAAUGUCUCCCCACGGGCGUUUACGAGUGCAACAAGCGGUGCCAGUGCAACAUCAACAUGUGCACCAACCGGCUGGUGCAGCACGGGCUGCAGGUCCGGCUGCAGCUCUUCAAGACGCAGAACAAGGGCUGGGGCAUCCGCUGCCUCGACGACAUCGCCAAGGGCUCCUUCGUCUGCAUCUACGCAGGGAAAAUCCUCACGGACGACUUCGCUGACAAAGAGGGGCUGGAGAUGGGCGACGAGUAUUUCGCCAACCUGGACCACAUCGAGAGCGUGGAGAACUUCAAGGAGGGCUACGAGAGCGACGCCAGGUGCUCCUCGGACAGCAGCGGCGUGGACAUCAAGGACGGGGAGGAGGAGAACACGGGCACGGAGGAGCCGGAGGAGUCCAACGAGGACAGCUCCGACGACAACUUCUGCAAGGACGAGGACUUCGGCGCCAGCUCGGUGUGGCGCAGCUACGCCACGCGCCGCCAGACCCGCGGCCAGAGGGACAACGGGCUGUCGGAAACGGCCUCCAAGGACUCGGGGCUCACCCGGCACGCGAACCACGAGGAGGCGGCGGGCGCCUGCAAGCUGCCGGUGUCCGAGGAGAGCUCCAAGAACAAGGUGGCGUCGUGGCUGAGCUCCAACAACGUGGCCGACGGCUUCCAGGACAGCGACAGCGCCGCCUCCUUCAGAGCGGGCGAGGGCGGCGAGAGCAAGGGCGGCAAAGCGGAGCUGCCCGGGGAGAGGGAGAAAACCCCCGUUCCCAUGGCGGGCGACGCGCGCGGGGAGGCGAGGGUAUUGAAGAAAGAGGAGCCCGACGAGCCGACCAAGCUGUCCGGGCUGAGCGAGCUGGGCAGGAUGUACGGGUACAACCCCAGCCCCCCCAAACUGGAGGGGAUCCAGCGGCCGCCCAGCAAGACGGCGCAGCUGCAGAGCCGGCGCCACGCGCUGCCGCCGCCGUCCCGCGCCGACGACGUGCUGACGCUGUCCAGCAGCACGGACAGCGAGGGCGAGAACGGGGCCGCGGCGGCCGGACAGGCCCCCGGCGCCGCCAACGACAGCGACGACAUCCAGACCAUCUCCUCGGGCUCCGGGGACGAGGACGAGAAGAGGAACCCGGCGCCCGGGGCAGGGCCCGCCAAGCGGCAGGUGGCCGUGAAGUCCACGCGCGGCUUCGCGCUCAAGUCCACGCACGGCAUCGCCGUCAAACCCGCCAACCUGGCGGCGGCCGAGAAGGGGGAGAGCGCGCCCGUGUGCCGCACCACGCGCCAGUUCUACGACGGCGAGGAGUCGUGCUACAUCAUCGACGCCAAGCUGGAGGGGAACCUGGGCCGCUACCUCAACCACAGCUGCAGCCCCAACCUCUUCGUGCAGAACGUGUUCGUGGACACGCACGACCUGCGCUUCCCCUGGGUCGCCUUCUUCGCCAGCAAGAGGAUCCGCGCGGGCACCGAGCUGACCUGGGACUACAACUACGAGGUGGGCAGCGUGGAGGGCAAGGAGCUGCUGUGCUGCUGCGGGGCCAUCGAGUGCCGGGGGCGGCUGCUCUGAGCCGCGCGGCGCCGGCGCCGCUUCACGCUCACUCGGAAACCCGCGCGGAACCGCGUGCGGGUGGGACCGAGCCCGAGGUAACCCCGGCUUGGCCCGCGCUUCAGUGGGUUUACAGUGAAUUUACAUGAAAAAACAACCAAAAAAAGCAUCUUGUCUCCAACUGUGAUCAGCUGUAAAGAGUCUUUUCAGCGUUAAAAAGCAAUAAAGUGUGUUUUUUCUAUUAAAAA